AUGCACGGUUGGGAAGUAGAACUUCGCGAUGGCCAGGACUAUCAUUUUUCGCCGUAUCGCAUCCCCGAGGAAGCAGAGACAGGAUGCUCUAUGCACCAUGUUCCACGUCCACUGCAACCAAACAUGGCAGCCACAUUCCUGCCAGUUGCACCAGCCACACCCGCCCCACAAGCCACUGGGGCUGUUCAUCCUGAGGCACCAAUCCCGGCGCUGACUAAGCCAGGGCUUUCGCAGCUACAAGCCCUAACGUGA